AUGGAAGCAAUACUCGUCGAUUGUGUUCGAAAAAAUCUAUGCCAUUUCAUGCACUCCAACGCCAUCUUCCUCUCUCACCGUCUCUGCGCCGAAUUUCCCUCUGAGACAAAUCUCCAAUUAUUGGCUGGCUGUUACUUGCAGAGUAAUCAAGCACAUUCUGCAUACCAUAUUUUAAAGGGCACACAAAUGGCUCAAUCUCGGUACUUGUUUGCAAUAUCAUGCUUUCAGAUGGAUCUUCUUAAUGAAGCUGAAGCAGCAUUAUGUCCUGCUAAUGAGCCUAAUGCUGAGGUUCCGAACGGUUCAGCUGGUCAUCAUCUAUUAGGGCUCAUUUACAGAUACACUGACAGAAGGAAAAGUGCCAUACAUCAUUUUAAGCAGGCACUGUCAAUGGAUCCUCUAAUGUGGGCAGCAUACGAAGAGUUGUGCAUAUUAGGUGCUGCGGAAGAAGCAACUGCAUUUUUUGGCGAAGCAGCUGCUCUUUGCAUACAAAAGCAAUACCUAAAUUGCUCAACCUCUCCAAAGUUGCAUUCAUCAUCAGCGGAUUGUAAUUUAGUUGACACUAGACAUUGUGUGUCAGAAGAUACAAGUCCAAGGCAAUCGAAACUCAAGCAAGGCCUAAAAGAUCCUGGAAACCAUCAUGGGGCACCUAUAUUAGGAGGAACUUCGGGUCAACCAAUUAGUAGUGGUCUGUCUAAUAUAUCAUUUUAUAAUACGCCAUCUCCAAUGGUGACACAGUUGUCAGGUGUUGCUCCACCUCCUUUGUGUAGGAAUGUGCAGCCAAAUGGCUCAAAUAUGAGCACACAAAGUGCUGAAAAUUCUCCUAAAUCAACAGUGAACUCUACUAUUCAAGCUCCUCGAAGGAAGUUCGUGGAUGAAGGAAAGUUAAGAAAGAUUUCUGGAAGAUUAUUUUCUGAUUCUGGUCCCCGACGUAGUUUGAGACUCUCAGGUGAUGCAAGUGUAAAUCCAAAUCCUAAUACAACAGCUGUAUCUGGAAAUGGAACUAGUUACACUUCUAAGCAUCUUGGUGGGUCAAAGCUUAGCUCAAUGGCGUUUCGUUCUGUGACUGUUCGCAAGGGACAAUCAUGGGCCAAUGAAAACAUAGGUGAAGGAAUUCAUAAUGACAUUUUAGAUGAUUCUCGUUUAAAUAUUACAUCAACUUCUAGUUCCUUGGCUACCAUAGAAGCUAAAUCUUAUGAACCGGAUGCCGAGAGUAUUCUGGUUGGUGGACAAGUAUUAAGUGCUUCAAAAGUCAUCACUGGUGCUUCUGAAAUACUGACCCUUCUAAGAGUUCUUGGUGAAGGUUUUAGACUUGCCUGCUUGUAUAGGUCCCAGGAUGCACUGGAAACCUAUCUGAAACUUCCAUAUAAGCAUUACAAUACAGGUUGGGUUCUUUCCCAGGUUGGAAAGGUGUACUGUGAAUUUGAUUAUUUAGAAGCUGAUCGGGCCUUUGGUCUUGCUCGGCAGAUUACGCCUUAUAAUUUGGAAGCAAUGGAUGUAUACUCAACAGUCCUUUAUCAUCUAAAGGAAGAUAUGAAGUUAAGCUACCUGGCUCAGGAACUAGUACAUAGUGAUCGCUUAGCUCCACAAUCUUGGUGCGCCAUGGGCAAUUGCUACAGCCUUCAGAAAGAUCAUGAAACUGCACUGAAGACUUUCCAACGAGCUGCGCAACUAAAUCCCAGAUUUGCAUAUGCACACACCCUUUGUGGACAUGAGUAUGUUGCACUAGAAGAUUUUGAGAAUGGAAUCAGAUGCUACCAGAGUGCACUCAGGGUUGAUGCAAGGCACUACAAUGCUUGGUAUGGACUUGGAAUGGUAUAUCUUCGUCAAGAGAAAUUUGAAUUCUCCGAACACCAUUUUCAAAUGGCUUUCCAAAUUAAUCCACGUUCAUCUGUUAUAUUGUCAUACCUUGGUACUGCUUUGCACGCUUUAAAGAGAAGUGACGAAGCACUGGUGGUAAUGGAGAAGGCUAUUUUGGCAGAUAAGAAAAAUCCUGUUCCAAUGUAUCAAAAGGCCAAUAUACUAAUGAGCUUGGAAAAAUUUGACGAGGCUCUGGAAGUCCUAGAGGAGCUUAAAGAGUAUGCUCCCCGCGAAAGUAGUGUCUAUGCUUUAAUGGGAAGGAUCUAUAAAAGGCGUAACAUGCAUGAGAGAGCAAUGCUUCAUUAUGGUAUUGCUUUGGAUUUGAAACCUUCUGCAACAGAUGCUGCUGCUAUCAAGGCUGCCAUUGAGAAAUUACAUGUACCAGAUGAGAUGGACGACAAUUUGUAG